AUGUACUCCAAUAAGAGGGAUCCGACUUUGCAGGUGCAGGGGAACGAAUUGAAGCUCGCCGCCAAGCAGGUGGAGUUGAGGUGCUCCGUUAGCGCCGACAUGCAAUUGAGGCAGGCUUGGACCCGUCGGUCUCUCGCCAUGGAACUUGCUCAGCUCGCUUCAUUCACAGUGAUGGAAACUUGGGUCCAAAGCUUGUUCUCCAGGAUGCAAAGGGAACCUCCUGCGGGGUAUCACUCCAUUUCCCUCUCGCAGGUCAUGGCCGCAGAUCGGGAACUUUUCCAGCUGCUCUCUCACAAUCUUAUGGGUCAGAUCCAGGCCUCGGCAGGAGCUGUCAGGCCCCUCGACCUGGAGAUCGAUGGCCUCAGUAAGAGCACAGACGUGUUGGUGCACCUGCUGCCGCUUGUAAGGCCGCCUCCGAUGCCUCAUCCGGUCAAGCGACCCUUUCCCGAUCAGACACCACAUAAGCCUACGCCUAAAGGUAAGGGGAAGGGUAAGACCGCUGAUCAUGGCCAGGAGGAUGGGGAAGACGCCGAGAGCUUUGCGCUGAACCUUCUGGCGAAGGCCGAGAUCUCUGCAUCAGAUGUGGUUCAACUGUCAUUCCUUUUGCCUUGUGAUUCAAGUGUUCGGCCGUCCAGUGGCCCCAACGCCUUUCUUUUCAGCUGUGGUGCCUAUGUCCACGGGGGUGUCUCGGGUACUUUUGCUAAUACUCGAACCCUACCUGCAUGCACUCAGCUCCUUGCACGCUUUGCAAAGCAGAUUGUCGGGGACUCUUUUCCAUUUACAUCCUUAGUGCUCCUUCGGGAUAACCUCACUCGCUUACAUCGCGAUCGCAACAACACCGGCCUCAGCGCCCUGAUUCGAUGCUCAGACUUCCGAGGUGGUGGCCUCUGGGUCUCUGACCCCAAGGGCUCAUCGCCCAUGCUCUUCGAUGGCAAGUCACAUCAGGGAACGGAACAGGAUCUGAAGCAAUGCCUGUACUUUGAUCCCUGCAAGUUGUACUGCACCUUACCUUGGACCAACGGCCCACGAGUCGUUCGUGAUGCGGGCAAACUUUCACAGGCAGAUGCUUAUUUGCUUCGCAAACUUGGCUUCAGUCCGGAUUCGCCAGCUUCAACCGGCCACUGUGCUCCGCAGCAAUUUGCCCCGCGGCCACUCUUCGUCGAGCUGUUCGCUGGCAGCGCGGGAUUGUCAAGGGCCAUGCUCGAUCUUGGGUUCGAGGUCGUUACCUUCGAUCAUUAUGUUAAUCACCCUAAGGCGCCGGUUUGCAAGCUUGACUUGGCCACUGCUUCUGGGCAGUCGGUCAUCUGGGAUUUGUUUCAGGCUCGGCGACCCUUUGCAGUGCAUCUGGCGCCUCCGAUUCUUGCGGACCAUGAGGCCCUCGCACAGUUCAGUUGUGACAUCAUUGGUUGGUGCGUCCGCCACAACGUUGUCGUGUCUCUUGAGCAGCCUGAUCGGAGCCCGGGCUGGGCCCUGCUCACGUCCAUCGCGCGGUCUCGUCUCCCCGCCGGGGACCUUCCGAAGUGGGCCGGUCUUCAGAAGGUUGUGUUUCCCAUGUGCAUGCAUGGGGGUUCCAGUCGGGCUCUGAGCCGCCUCCUUUGCACGCUUCAGGUGUACGACGCCUUGGCGGUUGCUUGCGACGGCAAGCAUUGGCAUGGUCCGUGCCCGGGCCUUGGGCUGCUCCUGCUGCCUACCCACAGGUUCUCUGCAGCCGCAUCGCGGGCUGCCUACUUCAUUGUGCCAAGGCUCGGGCUGCCGCUCCGAGGCCGAUUGCUCGCCUUAAGGAGGCUUCCACUGCCGCGCUUGGACGCCAAACUAAGCGCCAUGGUCUUGGAGCUCAAAAGGAAGCUGGCUAAGGCUGAAAUUCUGGCCAAGAAACUCGAACGUGCUGAGGAGGCCAGACAUCAAGCCCUACCGGAUCAUAUGAAGAAAGUGCUUGCAAGCAAGAACUUUUCACUCUUUGAGGCACUCCUCAAGGAACAUAACUACUGGGAUAUGGGGGUGGUCCAACUCAUGGAAAAGGGCGUGGACCUUGUUGGGCUCCAGGAUACCCCGCCGUGCUACCCGCAAAAGGUGGUCCCUGCCACCAUGUCGAAGGAAGAGUUCCUGGACUCCGCCGACUGGAGGCGGCGGGCUCUUACGUCCCCUGGUCCUAGGGCCCCAGAUGCCGAUCAGCUUGCCCACCUCGAGCAGGCGUGCCAGGAAGAGGUAGACCUUGGAUUUGUCUUGGAGCAGAAGCCGGGGAAACUGCGGCCCAUUGAUGAUGCAAAGGAGGCACUCGUGAACAGUGCCAGUACUUCGACGAUGCGACUUGAACUUGAGGAUGCCGACUACCUGUCUGCCAUGGUGCUUGAGAUUGCACGGCGCAUCCUGGCCGAUCCUUCCAAACCAGGGGCCGUGCCCUGGGUCUCCGUAGUCUUCUUCCUUGAUAAGCAGGGGAGGCCCAAGUUCUACGUGAGCCACUCGCUGUUAUUCGGCUGCACAUCGUCGGUGUUUGCAUUCAACAGGGUGUCAAAAGCAAUCUCAUUCCUUCUAAACCAAAUGGUGCUUGUGCCGAGCUCUGUGUUCUACGAUGACUUUCCUCUUCUGUCGCCGAGCAACACGGCCGAUAGCGCAACGUGGGCGACAACCGCGCUGCUUGACCUGCUGGGCUGGGGCCACGCUCGCGUUGGCAAAGACACUAAAGGAAUUCCGUUUGCGGCAAGCUUCGAGGCCCUUGGAAUGUCGAUGCAACUUGAUGGGGUACAGAGGGGACGCCUUACCCUUCAAAACAAAGCCGGCCGCAUAGAGCAGCUUGUGUCCUUAUUUCAGGGGUUCCUUGACAGGGGUGCCAUCACGGUGCAUGAGGCACAGGUCGCCCAUGGGCUCUUGAACUUCUCCGCCGGUUAUGUGAAUGGUCGAGCCUUGCGCUUGACUUGCCAGGAACUGCUUCGCUUGACGAAGGUCUCGAGCCCCGCUGCUCCGAAGGCGAUUCGCAGCUUCUGUGUCAACAGCAUUGAGGCCCUCCGGGCACUGAGCCCCCGUGUGCUUAGCGUAUGGGACAGCCGGGCUCCCAUACAUAUCUUCACGGAUGGUGCCUGGGAGCAGCGUCGAGCUGGUGUUGGUGCAGUCAUCUUUGAUACAGCUUCGGUCUGGUCGUGGACUUACGAGGGUCUGGUCCCAGAGCCGCUCAUCCUCCGAUGGGAGGCCGAUGUCGGGACCCAACUUAUUUGUCAAAUCGAGUUGUAUAUGCUGUGGUCUGCCUUAGAUGGGCCCUUGCCUCUACCUUCGAUCACAGACGCUUGA